AAACUUGCGCUGGUCUGUCAAAAUUCAGCAAACUCGCGAAAAAUACGCAGAAAAUUCCGUGUCUGGUGCAUUUAUUUUCGCAAAAAAAUCCCCAAAAUCGAAGUUUUUCGCACGAAACCGGUGCUCGCAGCAUGUGUUAACGUUCGGUGGCAACGAACCAAGUGCAAUUCCACCCGUCAGCGAUGUCCCUGUUCCGGAAACCGAAAAAACCGAUCCAGCGACGCGUUUUCACCAGCUAUGACGAUGACGACGAGGGCGGAAGCCCCGCGGUCACUCCCGCCAGUAAUGGCGAUUCCGGCAAGGAUAAUCGUAUGGAAGUGGACCCGUCCCCGAUGCUACCGCCGCCUCCGCCAUCAUUUAACACCGAUGCCAGCAAGUCGAAAAAGGAUAAGAAGGACAAGAAAGGAAGCGGGGCGGCUGGAUCUUCUAUGGCGUCCGCUGCGACUUCCAAGGCCACCUCCAAAAUGUCUUUGCUAAGUUUCGACGACGAAGAGGAAGGCGAAAUAUUCCAAGUCAAAAAGACCUCCCAGAGCAAAAAGGUCAUGAAGUCUCUCGACAAAGAACGACGCCGAAAAAAGCACGCCGAGAAGAACGGCUCGUCCCGGGAUGGUCCGAGCUAUGGCGGAGAUUCGUCAUCAAAGUCUGUCGUCAAAUCGUCCUCAGGCAGCGCUGCAAAAGACCGAAGCUCGGAAGAGCCGGACAAAGAUAAACAUAAAAGGGAAAAGUGUGAAAAAUCUAGUUCUAAUAUCCAAACAGAAAUACGCACAGACGACUUUGUGCUGGUGGUCAAGAAAUCCGAUCCGAACCUGCACCAGCAGCAGAUUCUGAAUGGCCGGGCAGCUCUCUGUGCCGGCAGGGACGACAUGUCCUCGGAGGAAGAAGAGGAAGAUGAGAGCGCCGGCGAGGGUCACCAUCAUCGGUUCGCCAAGCCGGACAACUUCAAGAUGUAUCUGGAGAAUGGGGUCAUUCCGGAUGCGGCCAUGAUCCAUGCGGCUCGCAAGCGCCGCCAGAAAGCAAGGGAGCAAGGAGACUUCAUUCCGGUAGAAGAGCCGAAGGAGGAUAAAAGUAAGAAACGGGUGGUCCGAGAGGAUGGAGCAGGCGAUGGAUCGGACGAGGAUGACGAUCGGAUUGAUAUGGCGGCCAUUACGGGUGCGAAGGAACGCGAGGAACGGCGGGAGCAGUUUUAUUCCGUUCAACGAGAAGACUCCGCCGAAGAUUCCGACAUGGAAACCAAGGAGUGGGAAAACCAACAGAUUCGCAAGGGCGUUACCGGUGCCCAGUUGGUAUCGGCUCACCAAGAAUCGGUCAUCUCACAGUACAUGAUCCAAGGCUUCAGUCAGUCCUACCAGUCCAACGAAGACGACAGUGCCCUUUCGACGAGAGCCCUUCUGGAGCAAGCGUACGCGAAAACAUCUGGACUGUCCAAAGCCAACACCAAGGCCAGCUCUGCUGGGCUCAUUGCACGCGUUGCCACCGCUGGCAAAGACCAGAAAGCCUCCGGUCCCCGAAUGCCACAGGAAAUCCUAAAACAGCUCACAGAAAAACUGCAAACCACAAAGGAACUAAACUUCAAACAUAUCACCGACAUCGAAAAGAUCACCCAGGAGGUCAAAGUACUUAAGCUGGAUCAUCUGCAGAGCGAACAGAAGGCACCGGUUGCGGCGGCCAAGUACCGGUUCUAUCAGGAAAUCAAGUGCUACGUCAGCGAUCUGGUCGAGUGUCUGGACGAAAAGCUACCGCAGAUUGUGGCGCUGGAACAGCGAGCGAUCGCCACGAUGGCCAAAUACUCGAGCAUGCUCAUCGAGCGAAGACGUCAGGACGUGCGCGAUCAAGCCAAGGAGAUGGCCGAUGCCAAUAAGGGUGUCAAGCGACAGCACGACGAUCCGGAUCGGGUUCGACGCGCUGCAGAACGGGAAGGUAGGCGGACGCGUCGCCGAAGGGAUCGCGAAAAGAGCGAAACUGCCGAAUCCCAUCUGGAUGGAAUGUCCAGCGAUGACGAGGUUGCGGACAUUGAAGUGUCGCAGUACCAAGCAUCGCUAAAGGAGAUCGCCCUGGAAGCGAGACAAAUCUUCAUCGACGCCGGAGAAGAGUAUUGCGAAGUGGAUGAGAUUUUGGACCGGUUUCAAAACUGGCGCGCCGCGGAGAUGGAUUCCUACAAGGACGCCUACGUUAGUUUGUGUCUACCGAAGGUGCUUGGUCCGCUGAUUCGGUUAAAGUAUAUCGCGUGGAACCCGGUCAGCGGAGAGGAUGCAGUCGAUUUCGAACGGGAAGCAUGGUACCGAAGUUGCUGCCUCUACGGUCGCCAACCAGGCGAGACGGAAUCUAGCUUGGCUGAGGACCCCGAUGUGCGUUUGGUUCCUACGCUUAUAGAGAAAAUCGUACUUCCGAAGUUGACGGUGCUGAUCGAACAGGUUUGGGAUCCACUGUCGACUACGCAAACUCUGAAACUAGUUCGUCUAAUCAACCGGCUAAGCCGGGAUUAUCCCUCGCUGAGGAGAACCUGCAAACAGCUGCGAUUGCUUUUCCAGGCGAUCCUGGACAAACUUAAGCUGGCGAUCGAUAACGACGUAUUCAUUCCAGUGUUCCCCAAACAACUGCAAGAAGCGAAAUCGUCCUUCUUCCAGCGGCAAUUUUGCAGCGGCUUGAAACUGCUCCGGAACAUCACCUGUUGGCAGGGCGUCAUUGCCGAUGGACCCCUCACGGAUCUGGCGAUCGGUUCGCUGCUGAACCGGUACCUUCUUAAUGGAAUGCGCGUCUGCACGCCGACCGACGCCAUCAACAAGGCGUCGAUGAUUGUGUAUACUUUGCCACGCGUUUGGCUAACGGCAGGGUCGUCCGUCGUCCAGAGCAUGACCCAGUUUAUUGCCAUGCUGCAGCACGUCUCCAGCCAGCUGGAUCCGGCCAUCGGGAAUCAUGCGGAUCUAAUCGAAAAACUGCAAAAGAUAUUAGCUAGUUUGCACGUAGUGUCCUAAACCACUUCAGCCCCAUCUCACAAUGGAUAGUUUUCUUUGAAAUGGUCUACCACUAGUAUAGGGAUUAAAUUUAGGAGAAUGUGUAAAUUCAAUUUAAACACACAGCUUUUACACACAAAAAAAGAACGAACUAAGGUUUAUGCAACUGUUAAGAUUAUGUUCUUGGUAGGUACUUGAUAAUAGAAGAAGCACUCAGAGUGUUGAUUACGGAAGAUCCUACAUGAAAGCAGAGGGAAGUUCAGCUGCACUAGGCCAAUGCUUGCGAUUGCCGCCGUAUGUGACAGGAAACCGACGAAGUUGUGAACUAAUCCAGGUAAGUUGAUAUUUGUACUUUUAGGUAUAGGGGAUCGUGGCGUUUUCUCAAACCUUCUCACUGCCGGAUGCAUCGUACGCAUUUGAAUAGUGAAGCGGAACUUCCCUAAUAUUGACUAAUGGCUUCCCGUAAUGAUUGGAUAUCGUUUAUCUUAGUAAGUUUAACAUUUUCAACAACUUCGGAAUCCUUGAAAUGCAAUCACAUAAUUUAAAAAUCAAUAGCCAAUUUGAUAACAUCUCGGAAGAAAAUCUGAUAAUCGUAGCUCAAGUUCAAUGGUUUUUCGAAAAUAUAUUUGAAGAUGCAUUCAUUA